AUGUCCCUUUCCGUCCCUGCUAUCACGGUGCCGGCUUCAUGGAAAUCCGGUUCUGCAGGUUUCGGCAUAAAUUGUUUUCGCAACGGAGCUUGUGUUCAUCGCGGCACACGAUCCAGACUUGGACCGUUGCCUCUUUGGGGAGGUUUGGCAUUCGUCGUACUGCCCGCAAGCCAAGUAUGUAGACAACACUGCCGAAGGUCAAGAGGAUCAGCCAAAGCAUGUUCGAACGGCGACGACAAGUUCUUGCGAGGAAAGGCGAUAAUGGAGGAGCUUCGCAAGAAGGCCGUGGAAGACAUGACACGGCGCGAGACGCCCGGCUGGGAAGCUGAGUUGAUGAAGCAGUUCCAGACCGACGAGACCAUGCAGGAGUUCGAUGUGAAAGAGGCAACAUCGAUGGGCGAUGUGUGGGGCGCCUCUCAACUUCUGAGCCAGCAGGAUGCUGCUGAGUUCGAAGGGCGCAACCAAGCUGAGAGCGAUGUCAAUCCUUUCUUGGGCCUGGGAUUUAUGCGGGUCUACUCCUCUUUGUCUUCGGAUGCUCCACUUACGGCCAUUGCAACAAGCAGGGACGGUGUUCUUGGAAUGGCACAAGUCAAGAAAGACGGCUAUGUCCAAAACUUGGUGGUGCAACCGGAAGCCAGACGAAGGGGAGUUGCAACGCAGAUUAUUUGUUGGUGCGCUGCAAAGUCCAGACUCCGUGGAGCCCGGCAGCUUUGGAUGCAUGUGGAGUCCGGCAAUCAAGCCGCGCUGAACUUUUACAAGCGCCUGGGCUUUGAG